AUGAGGCUGCGCUGUUCCUUCUGUUAUAACAACAAAUACCAUAAACGAUAUUACGCGAUCAGCUACCGCUGGGCAUAUGAGAACCGAGGACAUUCGAGUGCGACUGUCACCGUCCACGAUGAACUCGUUAUUAACAACCAACGACGACGCACUCCGGUCCCAAUUGCUAAUCGAAUGCAACGCGAUAUCAUCAUGGCCUGUCGGCUGUUCUUCCUUGACGUGCUUGACGCACCAUCUGGGUCGUGGCAAUGGUACACCUUCAACCUGGUCAAGACGUAUGGCUCGGGCGCAUGUGUGAAGAUCCUGCUCACCGCUUCUGAUGAAAGAGUGUUGUUUGAGAAUCGAGAGUAUUCCAUUCAUCAACCCACAUUGACUCGCGAUCGAGGCGGUUAUUUGGGCCAGCCGUUUGGUAGACAGGAGCGAAUGGCUGCCUAUUCGCAGUUGCCGCCUAGUAGCGUUAGGUUUUACAGUAUCUUUGGAAAAGAUUUGGGGAACAUCGAGGUUGUUCCGAAGCCAACGCCUGCGUACAUGACGCCGAGCUCGAUGCCAGCAGGUUUCGACACUGGAUUUUCCGAGCCUGUUAUUCCUGGCAUGUGUGGUUUUGAAACGCCUCCAAUACCAUCGUCCUUUCAUCCUUCUCUCGACAACAUCACAGAUCUAAGCGAAUCUGAUCAAAUUAUUCUCGCCAGCAGGUAUCCCGGUGCAACUGCGUCUAUGGCCGGAUAUAAUCUUGGAGCAUCGGUGGAUCCGCCGCCUCUUGAUUCCUUUUCCGACUUUACAGAUGUAGGCAAUGCUCCCAUGGCAUAUAUGGCAGAUGACAUGUCUGGUAUGCAUAUAUCUGCUGGGUCUGGACAUUCCUUUGAUCCUCACCCUGAUUACAUGAAUCAAUUACAGCAUCCCGGUCAGAUGUGGAAUAUCUAA